AUGGCUGACUGGGCUGGUAAGCUGUACGACAUUGCCCGGGCUGAUCUCAGUCACACGGCCGCGAUGUCUGCUUUCCUGGCUGUCAGUUUCCAUCUGGUGAUACAGAGUGUAGAAUUUGAAGAUUUCAUGUUCCACUUUCUUGCUGUAUGCACAGUAUUGUGGCCUAUGCUGCUGGGAUUCUUUAUCCACUACGGCCAGUAUCACCCAACGGCCGCAGUGGCAAAGUCUGCUGUAGUCGCGACAACUUUCCAGGGCUGCCUACUUCUGAGUAUCGCCGUAUACCGCCUUGGUUUCCAUAGGUGUAGCAAGUUUCCUGGUCCAAUAGGUGCUCGAGUCAGUCGGUUUUACGCCACUUAUUUGUCCUUGAAGAAUGUUCAGUACUACAGGGAGUUGGAAAAGAUGCACACCAAAUACGGAGACUUUGUGCGAACUGGUCCUCGGGAAAUCACCAUCUUGCGCCAAUCCGCUGUAGACAUCAUCUACGGCCCAAAGUCCCAAUGCCGAAAGUCAACUUGGUAUGGCCAAACAGGCAACGAUCCUCUAAAAUCAUCAUUGCACAUGACCCGCGAUCACGAGAGCCACAGGCUACGUCGUAAAGCUUGGGACAAGAGCAUGUCGGUAAAAGGCAACAUAAUAGCCCUUGCCUCUUAUGAACCUCGGAUAAUGUCCGGUGUCAAUGCUCUCGUAGCCCAGUUGAAACAACGUGGAGAGGACGGCGUCAACAUGACCGACUGGUCCAUGUUCUUCAGCUUUGAUCUCAUGGGACAGGUUGGCUUUGGUAAGGAUUUUGGUCAGUUGCAUACGGGUCAAGAGCAUUCGGCAAUUCGGCCGAUCCACGCUCACAUCAAGACUCUGGGCAUUUUUCAAACCGUCCCUUGGUUGCUAUACCUAAUGAGCGCCAUACCCGGUGCCGCUGCCGCAUAUUCGGAGAUAUUCGACUUUUGCGCGAAUGAGAUACGAACCAAGCAGCAGACCUGGAACAAAGAAAAAGAUCCUUCCGACAUAGCCUCAUGGCUCAUCAAGGCCGUCCAAGAGAAGGAUGUGUCAGCGGCACCAUCUCCACAAGCAAUCGAGGAUGACGCUAGAAUCAUUCUCCUGGCUGGAAGUGAUACAACAGCAACAACUCUGUCGCACUGCCUUUUUCUUGUCGUCAAGUAUCCCCACGAGCAGAAGAAGCUGCAAGCACUUUUGGAUGCGACCAUGCCUGGGGGAGCUGAUGAUUGGACGUUUGAAAAGGUCAAGUCCAUCAAAUACCUAGACGACUUCAUCUCUGAAACCUUGCGCGUAAAGGCAGCGCUUACCCUGGCGGGACCGCGUGAGACACCUGCUGGGGGACUUCAGAUUGACGAAGUCCAUAUCCCGGGAGGCGUCAAUGUCCUUGUGCCCGCAGGACAAAUUCACCGCGAUCCCCGUUACUGGAAGCAAGCAGAUGAAUUUAUCCCUGAAAGAUGGGGCGAGCGGCGUGAAGAGAUGGGCACGGAUGGAGCCCCAUAUCUUCCAUUCCUCCUCGGUAGGUGCCAGCUUGGCCGCCUCGAUUGUAUUGAUCGAGUGUGA